AUAUUUAAAGCAGUCGUUACGCUGUUUUGAAAAAUACGGCGUGCUUUAUUGAUAAGACUCAAACUAGCUCACUGUUGUUGAAUAUUUGGCUUUACAAUUUGGUCUAGUUAAUUCUAAUUUCGUGUACAACCUCUAUGCAUCUGGUCUACUGACAUUUUCUUUUUACAUAUAAUCUGAACAGAUUAUAAAAAUGAGUACUCGCAACCAACUAGAUCUUAAAAUUGGUGUAGAUGGUAUAAGUUGUACAGAUUUCUCAGUUGUUGGUGAUAAGACUCUGCUUGCAGUUGGUACAUGCAGUGGAAGAGUUCGUUUAUAUGACUAUAUCGAUCAGUCAAAGCCGCUGUAUCAACGUCGUUGGCAUAAAACUAUUCGAUGCUUGUCAUUUUUUCCUUCAUCACCAAAUUUACUAGUCUCAGCUUCUAGUCAAAGUGGGAUAAAAAUACACGAUAUGACAACUGAACAACAGACAUGGAAGUGUCUUCAAGCUCAUGGAAAAUCGCCUAUAUCUAGUCUUUUAGUUCUAGAGCAUGGUCAGUGGCUUACUGGGGAUGAAGAUGGAGUAAUCAAGAUGUGGGAUUCUAGACAGUCUGAUUGUGUUUCAAGCAUGAUACCAAGUGAAGAGUAUAAAUUUGACGACCAGUUUAAUGCAAUCAAUGGAAUGGCUGUAUCGAAUGAUUCUCAUGGGACUCUGUUGGCUGCUAUUGAUGAUGGUACAUUAGCAGUCUAUAAUAUACGACGGAGACGUUUUGAAAUGGCUUCAGAAACACUUGGAUUUAGUGCUCGGACUAUUUGUAUUGUUAAAAAUGGUCAAAAAGUCCUUGUCGGUACUGAUGAAGGUGUGAUUUGUGUUUUCAAUUGGAAUGAAUUCGGUAAUAUCUGUGAUCGUUUCCCUGUACAUCCAUUAAGACCUUCAAAACAUGGACAGGCUAGAACUGCUACUGUUGGUGGACAUUCUGUGGAGAAAAUUGUUAAAAUGUCCGAGGAUGUUAUCGCUGUGGCGACUGAUGAUGGUGUGAUAAGUGCUGUUAACAUUCUGCCAAAUCGUCUGCUGGGCUGUGUUGGUUGUCAUACAGACACAUCGGCUGGUUGUUCUACUGGAGCAGAUUGUAUCACUCUGUCAAUUUGUUCAACUCUGAAUACGAUCGCCUCAGCUUGUCCAGCCAGCUCAUCCAUAAAAUUUUGGAUUACAACCAAAUGGAUUGAACGUGGUGAAUGUGAGGCAGCUGAUCUUAAACUACCAAAGCAUAAAAGACAACUACAAAGUUCUAAACUUAAAGGUGUGAAAUCACGUCGUUUGUGUUUAACUGAUACCAAUGAACGUAUGGAAUACUUGGAGGGUUUAUUACCGCCAAAAAAAGAAUGUAAUGAAGAAUCAUCUAGUGAUGAUUCUGAUUCUUCUGAAGGAGACGAUUCCUCUGACUCCUCCUGAGAUUGUAUAACACCUAGUCAGUCAGUCAGUCAUUCAUUAAAAUUUUCUCAGUUUGUGUCUUAUCUUACGAUAAGUUAUUUUCUGUAUAAAGUGAGCAAUUUUGUCAACCAGUGUAACAAUAAAUAUGUAUAAAUAUGAGCAUUUUUGAAAAUAUCGAACAGUAUGAUUUGCGUUUUGUUCAUUUCUAUUGGAAAUAUUUUGAAAAAAAGGAAGGAACCUCGGAGACCACUGUACGCAGAAUUCUUAACAAGCCAGG